AUGCUCGUGGUCUCCAACUCUUGUUCUUGGCACCUCCAGGCACAACGAUCGACGUCCCCUCGAGCGCAAUCACAGUCCUACUCGAUGAACCAAGGAGGCAAGCCAUCGCCCGAAUAA